CGCACAGCGCCCCGUAUCUGCCGACUCUUCUCCCCCUCUCUCUCUCUCUCUGAACCGGGACGCCUCGAAGAACUCCGCCAAUCCCUUCUCUCCCGUCCGUUGAGCUCCGAUCGGUACGCGUCGCCGGCGACUCCUCCGUUCUCCGACUGCGAAUAGGAAGAAUAGGCGGAUGAUUGUGUUACGGAUCUCCAAGUCCGAAACGUGUAUAUAGAGCAGCUGGGUUAGUCCUUCCAAUCUUUCCAGUGAGGUGGUUGUGGUGACUGGUUCGAUUACCCGGAACGGUCGAGGGGCUUGAUGAUCAGGAUGUGCCAAUAACUUCUCUUCAGUAGCUGCAUUGCUGGGCCUCGUGGGAAUGGCUUCCAAAGCAAUCUUGCGCAAGCAGAAGUACCUCAUUGACUUUCUCAAUCGCCCCACUUGCUUAAUCAGGGCAUUCUCAUUUUCUGAGCAUGGCCAACUUCCCCUAUGUGACGGCCCUCAGGAUUUGGGUAGUACACCAAGCAAUGCAUUUGCUAAUACUGAUCUUAAAGCUGACCGAAGUAGACAUCAGCCGUCUACUUUUGUAAUGCAACGAUGUUUCAGACAUUUGCCACAUGAGGUCACGACAUUGGACUACAUACUAGAUAGGAAGGAUCUUGUUUCUUCUUUUAGAGUAACAAGGAUCUCAGAAUUGAUGCGGCAUGCUUCUACGGCAACAGCUGGCCAACCUGAAACUCGUAGUGGUAACAGUCAAAGCAAGGAAAAGGCUUCUAAGCAGGUAAAGGAGGCUUCACCUGAGGAUUGCGACCAGGCAGUUGAAGGAUUGAGCACAGCAAAAGCGAAAGCAAAGGCUAAGCAAAUGCUAGAAUCCCAGAAGAGCGAUGAUUCUUUACUGAAGAGAAUGUGGGCUACACUUUUGGGAAUUGGUCCUGCUUUGAGGGCCAUUGCUUCCAUGAGCAGGGAGGACUGGGCUAAAAAGAUUCGCCAUUGGAAGGAUGAAUUUAUAUCUACCCUGCAGCAUUAUUGGUUGGGCACAAAAUUGUUGUGGGCUGAUGUUAGGAUUAGCUCACGGUUGCUCAUAAAACUUGCAAAUGGGAAGGGUCUUUCUAGGAGGGAAAGGCAACAACUUACACGCACUACAGCUGAUAUUUUCAGGCUAGUUCCUUUUGCAGUUUUUAUUAUAGUCCCAUUCAUGGAGUUUCUGCUGCCUGUGUUCUUGAAACUAUUUCCAAACAUGUUGCCAUCAACAUUCCAGGACAAAAUGAAAGAAGAGGAGGCACUGAAAAAACGGCUCAUUGCUAGGAUAGAGUAUGCCAAGUUUCUUCAGGACACAGUCAAAGAAAUGGCAAAGGAAAUUCAAAGCUCGCGAAGUGGAGAAAUUAAGAAGACCGCAGAAGAUCUGGAUGACUUUCUGAACAAGGUAAGAACAGGUGCUCGUGUUUCCAAUGACGAAAUUUUGGGCUUUGCCAAGUUAUUUAAUGACGAACUUACCUUAGAUAACAUCAGCAGGCCUCGACUAGUGAACAUGUGCAAAUAUAUGGGAAUUAGCCCAUUUGGAACAGAUGCAUACCUUCGUUAUAUGCUCCGGAGGCGACUGCAAGAGAUAAAGAAUGAUGAUAAGAUGAUUCAAGCAGAAGGUGUGGAGUCUCUUUUAGAGGAGGAGCUUCGUCAUGCCUGCAGAGAUCGAGGUUUGCUGGGAUUACUUUCUGUGGAUGAAAUGCGGCAGCAGCUGCGUGAUUGGCUGGAUUUAUCUCUCAACCAUUCUGUACCAUCUUCUCUUCUAAUUCUUUCAAGAGCCUUCUCUGUAUCUGGAAAAGUGAGGCCAGAGGAAGCUGUCCAAGCAACACUAUCAUCUCUGCCGGACGAGGUUGUGGACACUGUUGGAGUGACAGCGUUGCCAUCUGAAGAUUCUGUUUCAGAAAGGAGGAGGAAGUUGGAGUUCCUAGAAAUGCAGGAAGAACUGAUCAAGGAGGAGGAAGAAGAGGAAGAAGAGGAGCAGGCUAGGAUGAAAGAAUCAGUUAGUAGCCAAAAGGAUGUCGCUUUGGAGGAAAUGACCGCUUCUACGUCCAGAGAAGCGGUAGAACAGGCAAAAUCAAAAACAUUGGAAAAACAUGAGCAGCUUUGUGAGCUUAGCCGUGCAUUGGCAGUGUUAGCUUCAGCAUCUUCAGUGAGUAGAGAGCGUGAAGAAUUUCUGAGGCUUGUUAAGAAGGAGGUUGAUUUGUAUAACACUAUGGUGGAGAAAGAGGGUUUGGAAGGUGAAGAAGCAGCAAAACAGGCAUAUAGAGCUGCCAGAGAGGAUAGUGACCGUGCUGCGGGGAUGACCAUUGGAAACAAGGCUUCCUCUGUCCUAAUUGACAGGGUUGAUGCAAUGCUCCAGAAGCUUGAAAAAGAAAUUGAUGACGUUGAUGCAAAAAUUGGAAGCCGCUGGAGACUGCUUGACAAGGAUUAUGAUGGUAAGGUUACUCCGGAGGAGGUUGCAUCUGCGGCUAUGUUCCUCAAGGACACCCUUGGUAAAGAUGGCAUUAAAGAACUUAUUAGCAACCUUUCCAAAGAUAGAGAAGGGAAAAUUCUAGUCCAAGACCUUGUUCGGUUGGGAAGUGAGACGGAAGAUGACAAUCCAGGCGAGGGGAAAACGGCUUAGAAGGCGUACUCCAAUUUGGAUACCAACAUUGGUUGACCUGUCCGUUCAAGCUGGCGAUCCUAUCUAUAAUGCGGCUAAGUUCAGAACUUCCAACAGCGCGUGAGAUAGUUGAAAUAUACUGAAAGUACAUUCCGUCUCGGCAAUGGAAUUAGAGAUGAGAGAAGAACAUCUGCCUUUCAGGGUUCACAACAUCAUUGACCGGGGCUUUCUGAAGAUGUUCCUCGCGCUGUUCAUUCCUGAACAUAAUAAUAUCGUCCUGAUGUCACUUUUGGACCGAAUCUUACUCCUCCAAUUCAUAUAGGCAAAGGCUCAAAGGCUAAAGAACCCUCAAAUCAUAAAAGGGAUGUUUCACUACUUGCGAAUUCAAUUAUUCUGCUUGUAGAAGUUUUGAUUGUAAA